GGGACGGAGACAGGGAAUCCCCAGUAUCUUAUUGCGAGGAUUGGGGCAGGUAAGAGGAUGAGGAAUGAAGUCGGGUAUGGGGAUGGAAAUUUAAUCCCCUUACCCUAUCCUCCCCAUUGCCAUCCCUAGAAUGUCCAAAAGCUUUCAAAUAUCCGAAUAAGAUAGGGUAAGGGGGAUGGUAAAAGCUUUUGGAGCUUAUCUUUUUUGGUAGUCCGCUUCCUAUUCCAACACUAACACGCUUUAAUUUAGAAUGUUUUCUCUGGCCCUAUCUAACACAAAUACUAGAUUACGGCUUCUUUCAAAUGAUAAGCCGGUAGCAACACCUUGGCAACCUUGCAUCCAUAUGCAUACUCGUUUAAUAACAGAUGAUGUCUUGCAAUGAAAGAAAUAAAAGGAGAUUAGAACUUCCCUUUGAUUCCAUUGUUGAGAUUUUGAGUUGGCUGCCAGUCGAGUCUUUGCUAAGGUUCAAGUGCGUGUGCAAGCGAUGGUGUUCCUUGAUUCAAGAUUACAAUUUCAUUCUCAAAAAUAUGGAUCGGACAAGUACAAUGCUGCUCUUUUAUCCUUGCAAAUCCCAUGAUGAAAAUUUUGAGUUUGUUUCAAGUUGUGCAGGCUUGUGUAUGGAGAAGAGUGCUAGUGAGAGUGCUAGUAAUUCGACAGUUUUUCGUAUCAGAAACCCCGCGACUCACCAAGUGCUUUACUUGCCCGAUCCACCUCCAUAUACUUCAUCAGUAGACUUUGCUUUUAACUCACUCACUGGUGAGUGUAAAGUUCUAUGUUUUUAUUGGGAAAAGCUAUAUUUAAAUGUCCCCGCUGCAUUUGGAUUCAAAGUUAUAACCAUUGGAAAAGAUGAGCAGUGGAGACCUUUAGAGCUCCCCGACCAAAAUAAGCUACGCAAAAAAAGGGCGUUUAGAGGAUAUUAUAGCAGAGUAAAUAAGGUUGAAGGGGUUUGUCAUUUGUUUCAAAUUAUUACGUUUACUGAUGAAGAUGAAGAUAUGUACCUAGAAGUUCAAUCUUUAGAUCUAUGGAGUGAACAUUUUACAACGAAUACUCUUCCCCAGGGAGUUUCCUUGGACUGGAAUGAAGUUAGUGUUCUUCGUUGGAAUAACUGCUUAUCAGUCGGUUAUAUGAAAGAGGAAUCCCUUGACCUCAUGGUGUUACAAGACUAUAAGGAGCGAAAAUGGAGUCCAAACAUGAUCAUCAUUCCCGUCAAAGGGCCAAAAAAAAACGACGGUCGUCCAAAAUUUGCUAAGGAAAUAACAAAAAUUCCUUCUACCGAAUUUGAUUUACAUAUCAAUGAUGAAGGGGACUACAGACUUUCAUCUGUCAGGAAAGAGGAGAUGAGAGAGGCCAAAUGUGGAGAGACUGGGGAGAUAUUACAUAAGCCAAGCCUGGUAAGUUUUAAGGGAAUAAUGAUGCCAGAAAAUGGUUAUUACCCUAAGAAUGAAGGUAAAUAGAGCUGUUACAAUUUUACUUGUCAUCAUACAUGGGUACGAAUUAGCUUGUCUACAA